AGCAAGGCAAAGCAGGUAGCCUAGCUUAGCUGCAGCCCACUUCCACUCUCCCCUCUCUCCCUCGCCGCAGCGGCAGCGGGGAGGAAGGAGACGAGACGAAUCGGAGGAGGAGAUCGAGAGAGAGAGAGGCUGCAUUCGCGUUGUUGGUGGUGCGGCGGUGAGCAUGGGGUGCACGGUGUCCAAGGUGGAGCAGGAGGACACGGUGCGGCGGUGCAAGGAGCGGCGGCGGCACAUGAAGGACGCGGUGGCGUCGCGCCAGCUGCUCGCCUCCGCGCACGCCGACUACCUCCGCUCGCUCCGCCUCACCGCCGCCGCGCUCUCCCGCUUCGCGCAGGGGCAUCCCUCGCUCGCGGUGUCCCACCACACCGCACCGGUGCUCCUCACCACGGCCCCGCCGCCGCCGCCCGCGCCCGCCCACGCCCACGCACACGCCGCGGCGCUGGCCCCGGCGAUGACGCCGCCGGCGCCGCCGUCCACGGCGUCCUCCUCGCUCCCGCCCCCGGCGCCGAUGCUCCCCAAGCACCCGCCUCCCCCACCGCAGCCGCAGCCGCAGCCGCCUGCUCCCGUGGCGGUGAGGGCUCCCCGUGCCGCCCAGCGCCACUUCAAGGUGCCGCACAUCCUCUCCGACUCCAGCGUCGGCAUCGCCAGCCCGGCGCAGUCGUCGUUCCGGAAGCCGGUGGUCGGGACGCCGUCGUCCUCGUCGGCGUGGGACUGGGAGAACUUCUACCCGCCGUCGCCGCCGGACUCCGAGUUCUUCGACCGCCGCAAGGCCGACCUCGAGGAGGCCAACCGCCUCCGCGAGCUCGAGGAGGAGGAGAAAGCCAGGAGAUACCUCCACCACGACCACCCCGACCACCUCAAGGAAGAGGACGAGGACGACGAAGACGACGACCACGAAAGGGAGGAGGAGAUGCAUUGCGGCGGAUGGGAGGAUGACGACGACCACUACGCCUCGACGACGACUUCGGAGACCAGAUCGGAGGAGGGGGAGAUGGGGAACAGAUCGGAGUGCGGCUUUGCGGCUAGAUCGGAGUACGGCGGCACGGCGCCGUCCGAGUAUGCUGCUGUGCCGCUGCCGCUCAGGAGGAGGGACGAGAGGUCGGAGGCCGGGGAUUCGUCCUCCACGGUCACAGCGGCCGCCGAGAUGCGGAUGGUGAUCCGCCACCGCACGCUCGCCGAGAUCGUGGCCGCCAUUGAGGAGUACUUCGUCAAGGCAGCCGAAGCUGGCAAUGGUGUCUCCGAGCUCCUGGAGGCCAGCCGCGCGCAGCUGGACCGCAACUUCCGGCAGCUCAAAAAGACGGUGUACCAUUCAAACAGCUUGUUAUCAUCGCUGUCCUCGACAUGGUCUUCAAAGCCGCCAUUGGCUGUACGCUACAAGCUGGACACCAAUGCGUUAGAGAUGGAGUCAAUGGAAGGGAAGAGCCAUGGGUCAACACUGGAGCGUCUUUUGGCCUGGGAGAAAAAGCUCUAUCAGGAGGUCAAGGCUAGAGAGAGUGUUAAGAUUGAGCACGAGAAGAAGCUUUCCACCCUGCAGAGUCUGGAGUACAGAGGAAAGGAUAGUGCUAAGCUGGAUAAGACCAAAGCCUCCAUAAACAAGCUGCAAUCAUUGAUCAUCGUGACUUCACAGGCUGCAACUACUACAUCCUCAGCCAUUGUCAGAGUGCGUGACAACGAGCUUGCACCACAGCUUGUUGAACUUUGUUUCGCGCUGUUGAGCAUGUGGAGAUCAAUGAACCAUUUCCAUGAGAUCCAGAAUGAAAUUGUUCAGCAAGUCCGUGGUUUGGUGGACAAUUCCAUGGCUGAGUCAACAUCUGACCUUCACCGGCUUGCAACCCGUGAUCUUGAGGCUGCUGUCUCAGCAUGGCACUCAAAUUUCAACCGUCUCAUCAAGUAUCAACGUGAGUAUAUACGUGCCCUCUAUGGCUGGCUGAAGCUCACACUCUUCCAAGUGGACAGUAAUACCCCACAAGAGGCCUACACCUCGCUGAUCUCUCGUGAACUCACCUCCUUCUGUGACGAGUGGAAGCAAGCACUAGACCGUCUUCCAGAUGCUGUGGCCUCAGAGGCUAUCAAGAGCUUCGUGAAUGUUGUCCAUGUCAUCUACACUAAGCAGGCAGAGGAGAUGAAAAUAAAAAAGCGGGCAGAGACAUAUUCAAAGGAGCUGGAAAAGAAGACCAACUCACUACGAGCCAUUGAGAAGAAGUACUACCAGUCCUAUUCAAUGGUUGGCCUUGGCCUUCCUGGCAGUGGGCGUGAUGGCAUUGAAAGCCACUCGUUUGAUGCCCGCGAUCCUCUUGCAGAGAAGAAAACGGAGAUCACCCUAUGUCGUCGGAAGGUGGAGGACGAAAUGACGAGGCAUUCUAAGGCAGUGGAGGUGACUAGAUCAAUGACACUGAACAAUAUCCAAACAGGCCUGCCAGGAAUGUUCCAAGCCAUAGCUGGUUUCUCAGGAACAGUUGUUGAAGCCCUUGAUGUUGUCUGCAGGCGAGCUGGCUCGGUGCGGUAGAAGCUUUGGUCGGUAGGACUUACCAAGAAACCGUUCGUCAAGUCUUUUUUGGGUGGUUCAGUAAUUUAUAUAGGGAAAAUGCAAUAUAUAUAGCUAAAGUUAGUGAUGAGAAUAUGGGGGAGAAGGCUCCCUUGAUGUUUUGCCUUGUUGGGAGUUGAUCAUUUUGAUUGUAGAUAAUGAUUUUACUCAGGAUUGUUGAUGUUCUUUUGCCUGUUCUGUGAAGUGCAAGGGAAUAUUACAAUGUACAGACGCUGUGGUCACUUACCUAGCAAAUCUAACGGCGAGUUAUGCUUGCGCUUCUCCCACGAAAGAUACCACUAUCCAUUUGUUCUUC